GCGGGAGUGUCAGAGGCGGCGGCGGGAGGCGGCGGCAGCCGCAGCUCCGAAGCGGCCGCUGCACCGGCACCGGCACCGGCUCCCGGCGCAGCCCGCCGGGCCCAGGUGCCGAGGUCUCUGCCAAGGCGGCACGACCCCCCCUCACGCUGACACCACGCCGUGCCACCCCCCGCCGCCCGAUGCCUGGGGACUGCCUGCCCUCACCUUGACGGGUGGCAGCGGGUGACACGGGGUGGCCCGGGUCCCCCGGCCGGCGCUGGCGUACCCCAUGGCAGUCCCCUUGGCCGCCUGGCUGUGGCUGAUGCGCCUGGCCACCUGCCUGGCCGCCGGGCAUGGCAUGGCUGGCAAGAAGGAGAUCAGCAUGGAUGGGGACCUGGUGAUCGGGGGCCUCUUCCCCGUCCAUGAGAAAGGAGCGGGGAGCGAAGACUGCGGCAAGAUCAACGAGCACCGGGGCAUCCAGCGCCUGGAGGCCAUGCUCUUUGCCCUGGACGAGAUCAACAAGGACGGGAGCAUCCUGCCGGGGGUGAAGCUGGGCGCCCACAUCCUUGACACCUGCUCCAAGGACACCUACGCCCUCGAGCAGUCCCUCGACUUUGUCCGUGCCUCCCUCACCAGGGUGGAUGGCUCCGAGCACAUCUGCCCCGAUGGCUCCUACGCCGUCCACGAUGACGUGCCCACUGCCAUCACUGGCGUCAUCGGGGGCUCCUACAGCGACGUUUCCAUCCAGGUGGCCAACCUGCUGCGGCUCUUCCAGAUCCCACAGAUCAGCUAUGCCUCCACCAGCGCCAAGCUCAGCGAUAAGUCCCGCUACGACUACUUCGCCCGCACCGUCCCGCCAGACUUCUACCAAGCCAAAGCCAUGGCGGAGAUCCUCCGCUUUUUUAACUGGACUUACGUCUCCACUGUGGCCUCGGAGGGCGACUACGGGGAGACAGGGAUCGAGGCCUUUGAGCAAGAAGCCCGCAUGCGCAACAUCUGCAUUGCCACCUCGGAGAAGGUGGGACGCUCCAUGAACAAGAAGACCUACGACGGGGUGGUCCGGGCUCUGCUGCAGAAGCCCAAUGCCAGAGUGGUUGUGCUGUUCACCCGAAGCGAAGAUGCCCGGGAGCUGCUGGCGGCUGCCCAGAGAGCCAACGUGUCCUUCACGUGGGUGGCCAGUGAUGGGUGGGGAGCCCUAGAGAGCGUGGUGGCCGGGAGCGAAGCUGUGGCGGAGGGAGCCAUCACCAUCGAGCUGGCAGCCUACCCCAUUAAGGAGUUUGCUGCCUACUUCCGUAACCUCAACCCCUACAAUAACAGCCGAAAUCCCUGGUUUCGGGAGUUUUGGGAGCAGAAGUUCAAGUGCAGCUUCCACACGCAGGACUGUAGCCGGUACUCCCUCAAGACAGGCAAGUUUGAACCAGAGUCCAAGAUCACGUUCGUGGUCAAUGCAGUCUAUGCCAUGGCUCACUCUCUCCACAACAUGCACCAGGCGCUGUGCCCCAAUGCCACCAAGCUCUGCGACGCCAUGAAGCCCGUCAAUGGCAAGAGGUUCUACAAGGACUUUAUGCUCAAUGUUAAUUUUGAUGCGCCAUUCAGGCCAGCAGACACCAAGAGCGUUGUUCGAUUCGACCGCUAUGGCGACGGGAUCGGGCGCUACAACAUCUUCAACUAUCACUACAUGGAUGGGCGGUAUCGGUAUCAGAAGGUGGGCUACUGGGCUGAGGGGCUCAUCCUCAACACCAGCCUCAUCCCAUGGGCUGAGACCUCCAUCCCUGUGUCCCAGUGCAGCGAUCCCUGCAAGAAGAAUGAGAUAAAGAGCAUGCAGCCUGGAGACAUAUGCUGCUGGAUCUGCAUCCCCUGCCAGCCCUAUGAGUAUUUGCUGGAUGAGUUCACCUGCAUGGACUGCGGUCUCGGUUACUGGCCCAACGAGACCCUGAAUGGCUGCUAUGAGUUGCCCCAAGAGUACAUCCGCUGGAAAGACGUCUGGGCCAUCGGUCCUGUCACUAUCUCUUGCCUGGGAUUUAUCUCCACUCUCUUUGUUUUCGGAGUCUUCAUGAAGAACAAUGACACUCCCAUCGUGAAGGCCUCUGGCCGGGAGCUCUGCUACAUUCUCCUGACUGGGGUCCUCAUGUGCUACAGCAUGACCUUCAUCUUCAUCGCAAAGCCCUCCACUGAGGUGUGCACGCUCCGACGCCUGGGGCUGGGCACGUCCUUCGCCGUCUGCUAUUCGGCCCUCUUGACCAAGACGAAUCGCAUCGCCAGGAUCUUCAGCGGGGUGAAGGAGGGGGUCCAGCGCCCCCGGUUCAUAAGCCCCACAUCGCAGGUGGUCAUCUGCAUGGCCCUCAUCUCUUGCCAGCUGAUUAUCGUCAUCAUCUGGCUGCUGGUGGAAACCCCCGGCACAGGCAAGGAGACCGAGCCUGACAAGAGGUACAUCGUCACCCUCAAGUGCAACAACCGCGAUUCCAACAUGCUCAUUUCGCUUACCUACAAUGUCCUCUUGAUUGUCCUCUGCACGGUCUAUGCCUUCAAGACACGGAAAUGCCCCGAAAACUUCAACGAGGCCAAGUUUAUUGGGUUCACCAUGUACACAACCUGCAUCAUCUGGCUGGCCUUCCUGCCCAUCUUCUACGUGACCUCCAGCGACUACCGAGUCCAGACCACCACCAUGUGCAUCUCGGUGAGCCUCAGCGGCACCGUGGUCCUCGGCUGCCUCUUCACCCCCAAGCUCCACAUCAUACUCUUCCAGCCGCAGAAGAACGUGGCCAGCCACCGCGUGGGCACUGCUCGGUUCAGCGUGGCGGCUGCCAGCUCCAGCCAGUCCCAUGGCUCGGCCUCGCAGUACGUGCCCACGGUGUGCAACGGCCGCGAGGUGGUGGACUCCACGACGUCAUCCUUGUGAAGGACAGGGGGGGGCCAGGCCGUGGUGCCGCCGCUCACGCCCGCGGCCGCGUUGCACCCCGGCUCCCUCCCCAGGGAGAGCAGUGCCCGCGGCACGGCCCGCUCGGGUGCCACGAGCAGCCAGGAGGCUCAGCCCCUGCCCCAGCACGAGCUACACAUCCCAUGCGUUGGGUCACGGUACGUGUCACCCUCCCCUUGCACUGAGACACGUUACACAUCCCCUGUCCCCUGCACUGAGCCAUGGUGAACGUCCCCAAUCCCUCGAACCGAGCCGUGGUGUACAUCCCCCAUCACCUGCACUGUGCCAUGGCGAACGUCCCCAAUCCCUCGAACUGAGCCGUGGUGUACAUCCCCCAUCACCUGCGCUGUGCCAUGGCGAACGUCCCCAAUCCCUCGAACUGAGCCGUGGUGUACAUCCCCCAUCACCUGCACUGUGCCAUGGCGCGCGUCCCCCCCAUCCCUCGCACUGAGCCGUGGUGCAUGUCCCUCUAAGUCACCUGCACUGAGCCGUUGUGCACCCCCCACAUCCCCCGCACUGAGCCCUGGUGAAUGUCCCCCCCAUCCCUUGCACUGAGCCGUAGCGCACAUCGCACGUCCCUCGCACUGACCUGUAGUGCACGUCCUCCAUUCCCUGCACCAAAACUGUGGUGCAACCCCCCGCCCCACCUCGUCCCUUGCACUGAGCCCUGGUGCAAAUCCCCCCGCCGCCACCUGCACCGAGCCCUGGUGCGCAGCCCCCGUCCCUUGCACCGCGGCGCACGACCUGACUGCCUCUGGCCAAGCCACGUUGCAACUCCCACUUUGCUUGCACGGAGCCACUCCUGCUCCCUCCACGCCGAGCCCCGUGCCGGCACACGCCGCCGCUCCAGCCCCUGCCCCAUCACCCACCCUCAGCCCUCACCCCAUCGCCCACCCUGCUUUCCUGGUGCAGGGUCUUUCCCGUCACCCCCCCCGGUGCCAAGCCGUGCUCCACGUCACCCUUCCCCGGGCGCUUUGCAGUUUCACCUUUUUCUCCUCGUUUUUGGCCCCAGGAAAGCCACCGAGCGCUGCCGGGCUGGGCCCAAGCCCCCUCCCUCCCUCCUUUCGCUGCGCGUAGUGCUUCUCACCCCUCACCCCUUCAUGGGAGACAGGGCAGGAGCGGGGCAAGCGCCCGCUGGCCCCCCAGCCCCUGCAGAGCCCAGGGGGGUCCGGCAGGGGCUGAAGGCAAGUAAGGGAACCCAGAUAUUUGAGCCCAACCGAGUUUUUAAGAGUAGAUUUUUAGUGUGAGCAAGAGUGUGAUUUUUUUUUUGUAAUUUAUGUAAAUAAAGUGGUUUUCUUUUUU